AUGGAUGUGAGAACCCGAGAGCAACAAGAGCAAGCAGAAGGCGAGGCAGGGGGCGAGGCAGGAGGCGAGGCAGGGGGCGAGGCAGGUCGUGAGAGUUUAAGAGAAUUAGAGUUGAAGUUGAACAAAAGAAUGGACGAUGGAUUUGCAUUGAGAGACGAAACAAUUCGGGAAGGAGGCGAGGCAGGGGGCGAGGCAGGAGUUGAGGCAGGGGGCGAGGCAGGAGGCGAGCCAGGAGUUGAGGCAGGGGGCGAGGCAGGAGGCGAGGCAGGGGGCGAGGCAGGUCGUGAGAGUUUAAGAGAAUUAGAGUUGAAGUUGAACAAAAGAAUGGACGAUGGAUUUGCAUUGAGAGACGAAACAAUUCGUCUUCUAGCAGCAAGAUUUGGUGAAAUUGAAACCGGAUAUGCUUCAGGAGGCAGAAGAAGAGAUAAUGAUGGUGAUGAAGAGGCUGAGAUGCAUGGUGAUAAGGAGGGUGAUGAAGAGACUGAGAUGCAUGGUGAUAAGGAGGGUGAUGAAGAGACUGAGAAGCAUGGUGAUAAGGAGGGUGAUGAAGAGGCUGAGAAGCAUGGCUGGGAUGAUGAUGAGGCUGAUAAGGAGGGUGAGGACAAUGGUGACAAGGAUGGUGAUGAGGCAGAGGCUGAGAAGGAUGGUGAUGAGGUAGAAGCUGAGAAGGAUGGUGAGAAACAGAUUGAGGCAGAGGCUGAGAAGGAUGGUGAUGAGGUAGAAGCUGAGAAGGAUGGUGAGAAACAGAUUGAGGCAGAGGCUGAGAAGGAUGGUGAUGAGGUAGAAGCUGAGAAGGAUGGUGAGAAACAGAUUGAGGCAGAGGCUGAGAAGGAUGAUACUGAAGAGAGAUUUGAUGAUGAUGGAGAUGAGCAAUCUACACUUCAAAUUAUGGCAGACACUGCAGAGAGAUUUGAGAAGGCUGCUGCGGAAAAAGCUGUUGUGGACAAGACAAAUGAGGUUGUAGAUGAUGAUGAUGCUUUGGAGAAGGAAGGUGAGGUUAGAGUUGAUGAUGCUUUAGAGAAGGAAGGUGAGGUUGGAGUUGAUGAUGCUUUAGAGGAGGCAGCUUCGGUUGGAGUUAAUGAGAUGCCAAAGAGGGUGCCCAAGCGUUCUCAUUUGUUGAGGUCUCCUUUUACGCCAAACUGA